CUUUCAGGACGAGGUUUUGCUGUGUUUACCUCGAAACAAGUUUAGAAACAAAGGGAAGGAUGGAUCAAUGAGGAAGAGGAGCGAGGGAAGGCGGUAACAGCGCCAGAGAUCGGAGUUGUCCAAAGCCAGGCCUCCAAGAAAGAAAAGCAAGAAAGAUUUCAUCCAAAGGGAACCGCCUCGUCUGUUUUCCUCCUGAGUGAGAAGAGGAGAAGGCUCUGAAGAUCUUCCCUCGCUGGUUUCAUGAAGUUCUGAAGAAGGGGAGGAAAGGGAGGCGACAACAGAGCCAGAGACUGGAGUUGUCCAAAGCCAGGCCUCCAAGAAGGAAGGCAAGAGAGCGAGAAGGGGAGCAGCAUCGUCUGAUUCUCUCCAUAUCAGAUUCUGAGCGAGAAGGGAAAAGACUCUGAAGAUCUUCCCUUGCAGGUUUCUUUGCUGUGGGACACAAAGUUCUUCCAGUGCUAAGAUUUCCUCAUGACUGAAGGUGAGCCCGUGUGAGAGCCCAAGGAAGCAGAAGGGUUCCCCAACUCUGGGAGAAGGAGGUGCCAGUGUCUGUUUUUCCUCCACAUCUGAUCCUGAGCGAGAAAAGGAAAAGGGAGCAAGCUCUGAAGAUCUUCCCUCGCAGGUUUUCUUGAGAGCGGCUCUGACCCUCGCAAGUUUCUUGGAGAGUCUGAAGAUCUUUCCUCGCCGGUUUCUUUGCUGCAGGACACAAAGUUCUCCCAGUGCGAAGAAGGCAAGCGAGGUUUGCCCAUGAGGGCCUGAAGGUGAGCCCAUGUGAGCGCCCCGGGAGGCAGAAGGGCUCCCCAAGCUCAGGAGAAGGAGGCCGAGGGCUGCCGGGGGCGGGUCCGGUGGUCCUGCCCCUCCUCGCCUGCUCGGCCUUGGCGUUGGCGUCGGCCUUGGCGUUGGCGUCGGCCUUGGAUCCGUCGGCCUACUGCGAGAGCGCGGCCUUCAGCCCGGACGUGUGCCCCAACAUGAUCGCCGCGCAGGCCAAGCUGGUCUACCAGCUGAACAAGUACUACACGGAGCGGUGCCAGGCGCGCAAGGCGGCCAUCGCCAAGACCAUCCGCGAGGUCUGCAAGGUGGUCUCCGACGUGCUCAAGGAGGUGGAGGUGCAGGAGCCGCGCUUCAUCAGCUCCCUGAGCGAGAUCGACGCGCGCUACGAGGGCCUCGAGGUGGUCUCGCCCACCGAGUUCGAGGUGGUGCUCUACCUCAACCAGAUGGGCGUCUUCAACUUCGUGGACGACGGCUCCUUGCCCGGCUGCGCGGUGCUGAAGCUCAGCGACGGGAGGAAGCGCAGCAUGUCGCUCUGGGUGGAGUUCAUCACGGCCUCGGGGUACCUCUCAGCCAGGAAGAUCCGCUCGCGCUUCCAGACGCUCGUGGCGCAGGCUGUGGACAAGUGCAGCUACCGCGACGUGGUCAAGAUGAUCGCGGACACCAGCGAGGUGCGGCUGCGCAUCCGGGAGCGCUUCGUGGUGCAGAUCACGCCGGCGUUCAAGUGCACGGGGAUCUGGCCCCGAAGCGCGGCGCAGUGGCCGCUGCCCCACAUCCCGUGGCCGGGCCCCAACCGCGUCGCCGAGGUCAAAGCCGAGGGCUUCAACUUGCUCUCCAAGGAGUGCUACUCGCUCACCGGGAAGCAGAGCUCGGCCGAGAGCGACGCCUGGGUGCUGCAGUUCGGGGAGGCCGAGAACAGGCUCCUCCUGGGCGGGUGCCGCAACAAGUGCCUCUCGGUGCUCAAGACGCUCCGCGACCGGCACUUGGAGCUGCCCGGCCAGCCGCUCCACAACUACCACAUGAAGACGCUGCUGCUCUACGAGUGCGAGAAGCACCCGCGGGAGACCGACUGGGACGAGGCCUGCCUGGGCGACCGGCUCAACGGCAUCCUGCUCCAGCUCAUCUCCUGCCUCCAGUGCCGGCGCUGCCCGCACUACUUCCUGCCCAACCUCGACCUCUUCCAAGGGAAGCCCCACUCCGCCCUCGAGAGCGCCGCCAAGCAGACCUGGAGGCUGGCCAGGGAGAUCCUCACCAACCCCAAGAGCCUCGACAAGCUAUAGGCCCGAAGGCGGAGAGGGGGGACUGCAGCCAUGGGCCAGCCUGGGCCCUGCAGGGGUUUUGGACUUCAACUCCCACCCUUCCUGACAGCCUCAGGCCCCUUCCUUUCCCCCCUCAGCCGCUUAAGCGGCUGAGGGGGAAAAGGAAAGGGCCUGAGGCUGUCAGGAAGGAUGGGAGUUGAAGUCCAAAACCCCUACAGGAUUCAAAUUUGCCCCUGCCUGUUGUUACACCCAAAAGAGGAAGAAGAGGAAGUCGGAGUGGUUCCCACCCCCCUUUUGCAGAGGACUAUAAAGACUGCAGAGAACUAUAAACUCUUAGUGCGUUGCUGUGAGUUUUCUGGGCUCUAUGGCCAUGUCCAGAAGCAUCCUCUCCUUACGUUUCAAAGGCAUCCUCAGAGAUUGUGAGGUCUGUUGAAAACUAGGGAAGUGGGGUUUAUAUAUCUGUGGGGGGAAAAGAACUCUUGUCUGUUUGAGGCAGGCAUUAAUCUUGCGAUUAGCACUGAAUAGCCUUGCAGAUUCAAGGCCAGGCUGCUUACUGCCACCAAACUAGGCAAGUGGGGAUUAUAGAUCUCUGGGGGAAAGAACUCUUGUCUCUUUGAGGCAGGCGUUAAUGUUGCGAUUAGCACCGAAUAGCCUUGCAGAUUCAAGGCCUGGCUGCUUACUCCCACCAAAGUAGGCAAGUGGGGAUUAUAGAUCUCUGGGGGAAAGAACUCUUGUCUCUUUGAGGCAGGCGUGAAUGUAGCCAUUAGCAUUGAAUAGCCUUGCAGAUUCAAGACCUGGCUGCUUACUGCCACCAAACGCAGCAUUAUCCAAACAGGAAUCAAGGAAUAUGAAAGGCACUGCAGACCGACUCAACCAGAGAAGCCUGCCAUAGCAGAGCACUUGAUGAACCAAUCUGAAUACAGCAUUUUAUUUGAGAAUGCAGAAAUGCUGGGCCGGUUUAACAACCAUCAUGUCACAGAGAAGCCAUUAAAAUCCACCAGCAUGUGGACAAUUUCAACAGAAAGGAGGAAACCAUGAAAAUGAACAAAAUCUCACUACUAGUUUUUUUUUAAAAAAACCCUCUAAAAUCAGGACAAUACAUAAAGAACAACACUCAGAAAACAGAGGAAUUCCAGACAUGACUCAAUCAGGGCCCCGCUAACACCACCAAACAAAGGAUUCCCCCAGGCAGGAAGCAACCAGACCUUGAAAUGGAAAGGCUAUUCAAUACUAAUCAAGGUGGCCAAUUGCCAGCAUUCACACUUUGCUCCAACAUGCAAGACUUCUUUCUACCAGCCUGAACACUACACAGAUAUAUAAACUUCACUUGCCUAGUUUUCAACAGACCUCACAACCUCUGAAGAUGCCUGCCAUAGAUGCAGGCAAAACGUCAGGAAAAAGCUUUUUCUAGAGCCCGGAAAACUCAUAGCAACCCAGAACUAUAAACUCUUAUUUAAAAACCCAAAUACUGGGAUGGAUUUGGGGGCGGCGGAAAGAAAGACCCUCGACGCCACUCAAGGCAAGAAGGCUCCAAGCCUUGCAAGCCGCGACUCUCUCAUCCUCUCCUUUUUCUUCAAAAUCAAACAGCGACGGGACUUUGUGGUAGCCCAGCGAAAUCGAGGUACAUUUCGUUGUUUCCUUCCCUUCCUUCCCUAACGCCUUUCCUCCCGAAUUAUUCAAUGUAUAUUGUCACCCGUUCCCUGCCUUCUCUCUCGUUUUGCCUGAAUGUUGUCACCAAGUGAAAAACAAAAAGAAUUAUUUAACUAUAUGUAGACUUCUUCAAACCUCUACCCCCCCCCCCAAAAAAAAAUAAUGGAAAGAAAGAUAAAACAUUUUUAAAAGCCACAGCUAGAGAAAGUUUGCCGAUUGUGAAAUGUAUUUCAGUGCCAAGGACAGAGACUGUGCCCUGCUUCGUCUUCCCAACCUUUCCCCUUACAUCGACUUGUUGAAAACAGUAAUAAUAAUUAUAAUUAUUAUAAAUAAAAAACAUGGUUUUAACUUUA